UUCAAAACGUUGAAAACGUCAAUCCAUCCCAGAUAUUAAAUAUUAAUUACUGUCACAAAAUGGAAUCAUUGGCAUGCCUUGGCCUAGUAUUGCAGCUCUUGCUGUGGGUCUGCAAGGGUCACACAGCGGUUCCAUACCGCAGUCGCAACUAUCUUUUCACUCAGUACUGCAAGGAUGCACAAACCGGACGCGAGCUGUACGUUGGUGAAGUAAUCACACGUCCUGGUCAAUGCACGCGUGUUCAAUGCCUGGGCACUCUAGAACUGUGGGAGGACAACUGUCAAGUUCCGAAGUCGCUCAAAGGAGAUUGUGCCCCCGUACAACCGACCGACUUGAAUCUCGAUUAUCCCAAAUGCUGCCCAAUGUACGAAUGCAAAACAUACAGAAGAAAUGAUUUCAGUGAAUUGGAGCUAACGAAUACAUACGAUCAUUAUGGAAAUCUGCGUAGAUCAAAUAUGGCUGAAGUGAUAGUUAUGAACAAGGAACCACGACGUCUGGACAAUCAAGCAUCCUCACAACCACUACGGGAGCCCACUGGCAAUAUCGACCGUUAUAUUUGAAUCGAAUUUAAAUUUCCUGUUUAGUGUUCUUCCUGUUAAUUAGACAUAGCUAGUUGUUAGAUGCAAUUGCAUUUAUUUUUAAUUGUGUGCUUGUAUGUAUGUAACAUAUGUAUUUAAUACACAUAAACCAAAAUACUGUUUUAAAAAGUU